CCUAGAAAAGGCAAAAAGACAAAAAAAAAAAUCUCCUCCUAGCGAAGGAGGGAACCUGACAUAUAUGAAAUAAUUCCAGUGGGAUAAGAGAGUGUUUUUCAGCUUAGGCCCAGGGCAUGGCAAGUAUAGUGAGUCAGCGGCUUGUAAUUGGGCCAAAUGCCAUUCUCCAUAUAUAUGUUUCUCUUUUUUUAAAAACGUUUUUUGGCCACACCCACAUCAUGCAGAAGUUCUCAGGCCAGAGACUGAACCCAUGUCACAACAGCGACCAAGCCACAGUAGUGGCAACACCAGGUCCUUAACCUGCUGAGCCACCAGGGAACUCCUCUCCCUGUCUUGUUUCCCCACCGCUUCCUAGUGCACAUUUAUGACUCUAAUUAGGCCUGUCUCUGUGCUGCCUUCUACACUCCCUACAGUCAUUCACGGUUUUAUUCCUUUACUCAGGUUGACUCACCAGAGCCCUGCCCUCCACUGUUCCCCACUGCUCUAAAGUGGCCCCCAGUGACCCCUCCUGUCCCCUGCCUCAUCGUGCCCAAGUUGGUCUGAGUGGCCAGCGGCAUAUGACAGAAGUGAUGACCUCGCUCCUUGGAUUCGGUUGUCAAAGCCUGGGGCUUCUUCCUUGGGCUGCUCUUCAGUUUCUCUCUUUCUCUCUCUUUCCAACCACCUGCCCAUUACCACGACACGAGCACACUUAGCAUCUGUGGGACGGCCCACGUGGUGAGGGACAGAGGGCUCUGGCCAAGAACCAGCAGGACUGAGUCCUGCCCACAGCUCAGUGAGCCAGCGUGUGGCACAUUCUCCAGGUUCAGCUGAGCCUUGAGGUGAGGGCCGGCCGGCUAACAACUUGACUCCCUCCCCAGAGACCCUGAGCCGUGCCCCCCAGCUAAGCCAGUCCCAGAUUCCUGACCCUCAAACACCUGAGAUAAUUGUUUAAGCCACGAAGUUUGGAGUAAUUAGUUAUGCAUCUUGUACCUGGUACCGGGACUCUGGUCUUUGAGACUCCAGCCUGCCCUGACCUCUCGCAUCUAGAACUCCUUCUGCAUGUUGCUUCCUUUUCCUUCUUCCUAGAGUUUAUGACUGUGCUUUUGGGUUAAGCAAUAUUGUUACAAGUUUCAAGAAUUAAAAGUUUUAUAGAAGAGUUGGUAGUAAAGUCGCCUCAUUCUGUAACACGCCCCCAGGGCCGGCCCUGCAGGCAGCCACCUUUGCUAGUUUCCGAGGCGUCCGUUCCAGAGACAGUUUAAAUGUUUAAAUGUUUAAACGUAAAUAAGAGCCAGUUUUGCAUACUACGUUCCUUUCUCUGUUCUCCACUUUGAUUUUUCUCACCUAUUUUGGAAAGCUUCCUGUUUAGUCCAUAAGGAGUUUUUUUCUCACUUUUUUUUUAACCAACUGUGUAGUGUUUCAUAGUAUAAAUUUACCGAAUGUAUUUAACCAGUCCACUACCCACAGACAUUCUGUUUCCUGUCUUUUGCUGUUGUGAUAGGCUGAGCAGGAGAUGCCUGUAUCCAAUCCCCAGGACCUGUGAAUAGGUUGCCUUUCAGGCCAAAUGGAGCUUUGCAGAUGCAUUAAGUUAAGGAUGGUAAACUGGGGGGCCUGCCCUGUCUUAUGCAGGUGGACCCGAUGCAAUUAACCACAAGCGUCCUUAUAAGAGGGAAGGCAGAUGGUGUGAGGAUGCACGUGGGGGCUGGAGUGGUAUAAGGUCAGGGACUGAGGAAGGUGAGACGCCUCUAGAAGCUGGAAAAUGCUGGGAAAUGGACUCUCCCUGAGAGCACCCCAAAAGAGCCAGUCUUUGAUUUUCGUUGGGUGAGACUCAUUUUGGACCUCUGACUUCCAGAACUAAAUCACUCUAUCCGCAAAGCCUCAUCCACCUGUUGUGGGCAAAGUGACUCAUCACAGCAUUGAGUUAUACUGGGAUCUGGAGAAGAAAGCGAGACGGCAAGGACCCCAGGAGCAGUGGUUCAGGUUUUCUGUCGAAGAGGAAGACCCCAAAAUGCACACUUACGGUAUCAUUUAUACGGGAUACGCGACGAAGCACGUGGUGGAAGGUCUGGAACCACGGACCCUGUACAGGUUUCGACUGAAGGUCACCAGCCCCUCCGGAGAGUACGAGUACAGCCCCGUGGUCGCAGUGUCAACGACCCGAGAGCCCAUAAGCAGCGAGCACUUUCACAGAGCCGUCAGUGUGAAUGACGAAGAUUUGCUGGUUCGAAUACUUCAAGGAGGCAACGUGAAGGUCGAUGUUCCCAAUAAGUUUGGCUUUACCGCUCUGAUGGUCGCUGCUCAGAGAGGAUACACCAGGCUCGUGAAGAUCCUCGUUUCCCACGGCACAGAUGUGACUCUGAGGAGCGGGAGCGGCAAGGACAGUCUAAUGCUUGCAUGCUAUGCGGGACACCUAGAUGUUGUGAAAUAUCUCCGAAGACAUGGUGCCUCUUGGGACACUAGAGACCUAGGAGGCUGCACGGCUCUGCACUGGGCUGCAGAUGGAGGCCACUGCAAUGUGAUUGAGUGGAUGAUAAAGGACGGCUGUGAGGUGGACGCUGUGGACACUGGCUCGGGGUGGACCCCGCUCCUGAGGGUCUCUGCGGUCUCAGGGAACCAGAAGGUCGCCUCUCUGCUGAUUGACGCAGGCGCAGAUGUGAACGUGAAAGAUAAAGAUGGGAAGACACCUCUCAUGGUGGCCGUGCUGAAUAAUCACGAAGAGCUAGUCCAGCUACUUCUUGACAAAGGGGCAGAUGCGAGUGUGAAAAACGAGUUCGGCAAAGGCGUCCUAGAAAUGGCCAGAGUUUUUGACAGACAGAAUGUAGUCUCCUUAUUAGAAGAAAGGAAAAAAAAGCAAAUGCCGAAGAAGAAGCCAUCUGUCUGCUGACUGGGGCGCCUCUUACCUCUGAAAGCCACGUGAGACAAAGCAAAGCGGGACUUGAGCGAGACAAAAUUCUGCAUUCCUGAGGCCAGACAUUUGGUUAUUUAUUUAGUUGAAGAGUCACCGUGACUUUUGUAACAUACACCUGUUCCCACUUGUAAAUCCAGCCUUUUACCUGAGCACAAGUGGCCAUGAUGUGAUCCCUGGGCGUCUGCAGAGCAGGAGGUGGGGUGGGGGCUGGGGAGGGUGUCUCCCGGCACUUGGGCCUUUUGGAGUCCAGCAAAAACCAAAAAAUUUAGGUCCUGGAGCUGCACACACGUGCGUGGGUCCUCCACUUUCCCUUCCUGCCCUCCACGCUGUCCUCUGAGCCACCCCAGGCCCUAGUGGCUAUCCCUUCCCCCACGUGUUUUCAAUUCUGUCCUCCCCUCCCCACUUAAGGCCUCCCAGGCCACGUCAUCAGGCCAGUGUGCCUCCUGGAGGGUGGCUCCUCCAGAAAGCCCGUGAGGCCACGCCAAGACUUUGCUGCUUGGCGGUUGGCCUCACAUCAAAGCACAAGGUACAGAUUUCAAGAUGCCCAUUCUGCAGUAUGAGUCUGGGCGAAGGGCAGUCCUUCUAGAACAGACCUGUCUGAGAGUGUGUUUGCGGACACUCAGGCCCUGACAGUGAAAGACCCGGCCUGCUGGCCUGUCGAAGACUUUGCCACAGAGGAAGUAGAUUUACAUUUAGUCCUUGGGGCGGAGAGGGUUUGGAGACUGAUGACUCAGCUCAGGGAUGAGGAGGAAUGACCAGGGCGGCCGGUUGGCAGGUCAGACACACAUGGGCUGGAGCUUUAACUUAAACACCAGCAAAGAGGGGAGCUAGCUGACACCUGGCAUUGCCUGUCUCCAGAGACAGCUGGUUAACCCGGCCCUCUGAGAAGUCUGCACAGGGCUGGAAUUUUCUCUGCAGGGAAGACCACUUAGAAGGUAAUGAAAGCCCCAAAGAUCUCUGGGAAGGGCACAGGGGCAAAACCCACAAUUGCACUGAUGUUGGAAAUUCUCAGCUUUAUUCCAUGCCAUUUAUAGAACAGCCACCUUGAGAGCUGGGUCUGCGUGUCAUCUGCUCCUCUCCUUAGAUGUUUCACUAGGGUUUCGACAUCUGUGCCAGUUCUCAUGCCUUUUAAAUUUGCUAGACGAGGAGUUGCCCUUGUGGCUCAGUGGGUUAAGGAUAUGGCAUUGCUGCAGCCACAGCGUAGAUUGCAGAUGCGGCUUGAAUCCAGUGUUGCUGUGGCGUAGGCCUCAGCUGCAGUUCUGAUUCAGCCCCUAGCCCGGGAACUCCCAUGUGCCACAGGUGCAAUAAUACAAAGAAGAAAUUGCUAGAAUAGACUUUUAAAAAAUCUCUAAAAAUCAGAACGUAGCCACAACUUUCUAAGGCUCCUUUCCCUGCUGUGGUCAAUACUGACAUUCACCUUGAGUUCAUUUCUUAGUCGACUGUCGUUAAUAUUGAUGAGCUGUGGAAAGAGACACGCCCCUCAGUGUGGACAUCAAGCUUGGCCAUGUAAUGGGGCUGACCCUGGUCUAGGAAGUGUGAGUGGAAAUGGCUCCAGCCCCUCCGAGUGGAAGCUGAAGACUCCCCACGUCCUUCUUCCCUCCACCACAAGACCGGCUGUGACUUGGCUGGAGGCUGCUCUGGCAGCCUGAGGGAUCCUGUGACAAGAGCCGAAGCUCCCCCAGAAUGGAUGUGACCUGUGAGUGAGAGAUGGUGCUUUCGUGUUGUAAGUCAUUGGAAUUUAUGCGUGGUUUGUCAGGACAGUGGAACAUAGCCAACGAGAUGCCUGCUUGCAGAGUCCUAACAUGUAUCUGUGAAUUUAAGUUUCUACUGAAGCAACUCGCAAGUCCUAUGAUUUCCAGUCUUACUUUAUUCAGACAUCUUUUUUUUUUUUUUUUUUUUUUUUUUUUGGUCUUUUUAGGGCCGAACCCACAGCAUAUGGAGGUUCCCAGGCUUGGGGUCCAAUCGGAGCUGUAGCCGCCGGCUUAUACCACAGCCACAGCAACAAGAGAUCCAAGCCAUGUCUGUGACCUAUACCACAGAUCGUGGCAACGCUGGAUCCUUAACCCACUGAGUGAGGCCAGGGAUCUAACCUGCAUCCUCAUGGAUGCUAGUUGGGUUUGCUAACCACUGAGCCAUGACUGGAACUACUGUUCAGGCAUUUUAAAACUCAGGAAUGGAUACUGAAUUUUAUCAAAUGUCUUUUUAGCAUCCCCAGUAAUGGAAUAUUUCCCCACAGGCUCUCAGUUUGCUGACUUGGAUUACUAGAUUUUCAAAUCAAAUAGUAAUCAAACCAUCAUUAUACUCCUGAUGUAAUCUUAUUAGGUUACAGUGAGCUGCUGGACUCUAUAUGCUAUGUGUGUGUGUGUGUGUGUGUGUAUAUAUAUAUAUUAUCUUUUUAGGGCCGCACCUGUGACAUAUGGAUGUUUCCAGGCCAGGGGCUGAAUCAGAGCUGUAGCUGCUGGCCUAUGCCACAGCAAUGCCAGAUCCAAGCUGUGUCUGCAGCCUACACCAUGGUUCACAGCAAUGCCAGAUGCUUAACCCACUGAGUGAGGCCAGGGAUUGAACCUUUGCCUUCAUGGAUUUGUUUCCCCUGAGCUAUGAUGGGAACUCCUGUACUUUUUUAAAAAAUAACUUUCCUUAAUAAGAUUAGAUGGUGACUUAUCUCAUCUUUAAAAUUUUCCCAAAGAAGCAACCCAUGGUUUUAUUUUUGCCAGCUUAUUUAUACUUGUUAUUUCUGAAUUGGAAUUCCCUCUGGAUUGGAAUCUCCAGGGAAAGGGCAGGAGCGAUGGAUUUUUGUCACAAGCAUCCCAGGUGAGUUCUUAUAAUUAAUUCAAGGAGCCUGAGAAACAUGGCUAUGGAGUGUGCUAUUAUAAAUGGUUUUGUCUUCUAUUUGCCAAAUAACCUGCCAUUCAUCUUUGACUCAAGAGUCACUGCAUUUCUAGGGUGUAGAUUGUUGUUCUACGUUAAGUGUAUUAUAAUCUUGAGAAUUUGUACCACUUGUAAUCAAAAUUCAUAAUGCAUUCAAGUCUUACUUUGUGCAUUAAUAUACAAAAUGAUAUAAUUUUUUCGAAAACCACUUUGAAAGGUGUAUUCUGUAUGUUUCUCAUUUGAUAGACGUAUCUCGAUCUGUUUAUGUUCAUUGAUCUAUAUUACCUUUGCUGAGGUCUUCUAUGUGCCUAGUUUUUGUCUCCUUGCUUUGUCGUGGGGGGUUAGAACAAAGACUUUGUUCCCACUCUGUAAAUCUAUUUUUUUUUUUUGGUAUUUUCUGUGGUUCUUUCUUUAUGACAUUGAAAGUCAUAUUCAAAUACUAUUCAAAGUAUUUGUAAUAGAUUUCCAGUACCUUUAGACUUUUAUUCUGAUAUGCCUAAUUAAUAUUUCUAUUCCUGCUUGCUUGCCUUUUGAAUUUAUCUCUUUCAAAAAAUGAGGUGAGUUAAAAAAUGUAUUUGGGUAGUUUCCUGAUUGCUCAGCAGGUUAAGGAUCCAACAUUGUCACUCUGGCGACUGCUGUGGCCUGGGUUUGAUCCCUGGCCUGGGAAUACCUGCAUGCUUCAAGUGAGGCCAAAAAAAAAAAAAAAUGUAUUCCGAUAGGUGUGUAUAUCAUAUUAUUAAAAAAAAAAAAAAAGCAUUAGGUUCCCUCCUCUCUACCCCCCGUGUGUGUGAAAAGGCAUAAAGGCAUCUCUCCUUGUGCCGUCAUCUGACUGGCUCAGGUGGAUUGCAGCGUGUAUCCCUGGACCCCCCACCUCCCCGUCCUUUUUAGUUCCUCAGGCAUCCAGCCUGGAUGAGACUACAGAUACAUUUUGCUACACGAGCGUUCCCCCUCCCCCGUUUGGUUACAUUUCUCACUAAUGAACGAGACGCGGUCUUUAUCUUGACCUGUAUACCAUUUAUUGGAUAUAAUAUCUGUAACAAUGACUUUUUCUAUGGAAAUAAGCAGGUUGUGUUACCUGUAGACCCGAAAUGAGAAAUGUGUACAAAAGUAACAGACUGUAACAUAAGAAGGUAUGUGAAAAAAAAAAUGAGCAAACCAAAGCAUUAUAAAUGGAUGAAGCGCUAUAAAAUGAAUGUACUGGUUUAGUUGCUAUAACUUUGCACUGUGCUGAAUAGCCUGUAGACAAGUUGGAAAGAGUUACACUGUAUGUGCCACACAUUCAAACAGUGGACCUUCCUUUCUGCGGCCCCGUCUGACCUGACAGAGGGAAUGAGAGAGCAAGGAACUCUGCUGCCACCUGUCCUGCCUUGGACUCUGGGGAUUUUCUCAUUCUAGAUGGAGGUAUUUUUUCUAUCACUGUCCUUCCUCCUUAAGUACUUGCUCAUAGGCCAUGACCAUGAACAUAAACCCACUUCUUCAUCCAACUAAAAUGAUCACAUGAUAUUUAUUCUUCUGCCUGAAUUACAAAUGUGAAUUAAGGACUAAAGUAGCUUUUGGAAGGACAAUUACAGGCACGUUUGUUGAAGAUGGUGUGGAAAGUCAGGGUUGGUUACAGAGUAUUCAACCUAGAGGAGCCAAAUCACACUGAGAAUUCCUUUAAUUGUGUUCCAUCUGGCUGUCGCUAUCAAUCAUUGGCUACUGGAACAAUUUUAGAUGCAGUGUUUCUUCUCCGAGCUUUUCUCAUAUGGGACAGGCUGGACUGCAAGCUGCCACUGCCUUCCCAAAAGUGAAGAGGGGACAUUCUGUAUGCAAAGCAGGGAAACAUUUCAUUCACGUGCAGCUGAGUGGCUUCUGGGAGAGCAUCACCGCAGAGGCAGUUCUCCGCUCGGGGCUCCUGAAUCAUUCUUAGAGUGUCGCUACUGGGAUGACCAUCAGAGCUUUCAAGUAGGUUUAAGAGAAACAGAUGCCAACAGGAAGUGCAGAGUGAGUCAUGGGAAUUUUGUAAUCACAGGUACAUUGGAAUGUCUUUAGGUGGGAGGUGCCUCUGGGAGGGAUUCUGCUGCGGGAGCAGGUGGGUCAUUCUGCGCUGUGCAGCUGGAGGAGGCUGGGCUUUGGGCAGCCAGUGGGUGCACGUGUGGGGUGGCCACUUGCUGCUGCAUCACCACUUUAGCUGCAAGUAGCUACACAUGCAGAGACUGGUCGGGGAUUGUGGAGGCGUCAGCAUUGGAUUUGACCUGGGAGAGGAACUUGUGUCUGGGUGAGAGAGAGAGGCAGGGAGAUGUCCUAGCCUAGGCUGCCUGUGUCCACGUGUGUUUAUGGCCCACUCAUGAGCCCUGGCGAGGAGGACAGGUGGCACCUGGCUGCCACGUUCCCCACCAGCCAGCCGUGGUGUGUAGACUCUACAGCCUGAGUCACGCCCGGGGAGUGAGCACCGGCCCUGGGAGACCCUUGGGGGUAGAGCUUAUCUGGGGGACUUGUGUUUUGCCAGGGCCAUUUUGAUAACAGCUAGGAAGGCUCACCAGGCCGUCUGCCCUGGGCCCUCCUGCCCCUCAAACACCUAGGGAAGUUUUCAGUGAAAUAAACCUCACGAUCAAAACCCGAAAAGGGGUCAGGUUCCUGCCCAGGCACCACGCCCUCUUGCUGGCGGGGUCUCAGUGGCUCAGAGCGCUUUGUAAACAGCAGUUGAGGGCCCAUAGAAGGGGGCUGGAGCAUUGCUGGAACAUUCUAGGCGGCCCAGCACCAGCUCCUGUUAGCACCGUGGGAGAUGGUGGGCUCCUCCGAAACCUCGGCCGCAGCGCAGUGUCCGCGCUGUUUUUCUUUGGGGGGAGCCGCUGAUGUGCUGCAUUGAUUUGCCAGAGAACAAUGGCUCGUGGUUUCAGCCUGAGAAUUCCUAAUAAAGUUAAGAAGGCAUAAAAACGUCCCCUUUGAGACGGGUCGGGAGUAUUUAUUCUCAUGCAGUUGAAACUGUGGCUCUUGCGGUUUCUGUGAUGUCAUCCCACAUGUGUAAGCUGGAAAAAUUCACACUGGGAAGUGCAGGCUGUGUGUGCAUAUUUUGACAAUGGAAAAUGUUAGGCAUUGUUUCUCUUGGUUGCUACACAUCUGAUUCCAUGUGUCAGGAAAACAAACUUACACAAAAUUUCACGAGAUAAAACAUGUCACUAGGGUGCCUGGAAGUUUGGCUGUCUAUUUCCCAGGAAAGCGGGGUCAGAGAACCUACGGCUGUUACAAGACAGAGGAAGAAGGGCAGUGACGCUUCUCAGGGCCACCUCUGUGUCAGGCACGCUGACUCUCAGCGAGGGCCUUCUAGCCGCACAUCAAUGCUAUCACUCUUGCCUAUACAGUUUAAAAAAUAGUAAAAAUAGACUGGUGUCGAAAUAUAAGUAUUGAUUUUAGUUGCUAUCGUCUAUGAGGAUAUAAAAAAAGGCCGGGGGGGGGGGGAGAGAGGACUACCUCCCUUCCCCCCAGCAACCUGGCUAUUGGCUCCUUUCCUAAGAUAUAUGAACAUGAAAGUUAUUGCUAGAUAGGCUUCAUUUGAUAGCUCCUGCAUUUGGAAGUAUCAUCUCUUCAAUAAUAUUAUCUGUGGCCUGUCAGGGGCUAUUAGGUUUAAAUAUGUUCUUUUCCAGCAAAUAAAUUGCAUGGCUCUAUAAAAGCACCGAGGACUGUAGAGAUAAGACUGUGUCAUCAGCCGUGGCCCCCAAGCGGCCAUGGAUGACGAGGUGUGAGCUCACAGCAUUAGCCACCUCUGAUACCAAACUCUUCCUGCUUCUCGGGAAGAGAAGCACAGGAAUUACGGUCAAGAAGAGACCAAAAAAAAAGUUCACAUCCUCUUCCUUGCACCAAAAGGGGUUACGAUGCUGAUCUGAGGAUCUGGGCCUCUACAAAGGCAAUAGCCACACGUGAUGCACCAUACAAAGUCUGUGAACUUUUCAACAGCGUAUGUUUUGGCCUUAAUAGAAUUACCAAUAUAAUACCAGUUACAGUCAUUCUGUAGGUACUCAUCAGCAGUCGUAUUUUCUAGCGUGGCUUUAUAGUUGUAAGACGUUGAUAAUGGCAUGAUAAACAGUUGCUGUAGGGGUUGGAAUGUAUCAGAGCUGAGUUCCCUUGCGUGUGUGCUGGGGACACGGGUUUGUUGAGGGGAUCCCCGAUCGCGAGUCCCGUGUUGCCUAGAUACGGUGGGAACCGGGGGAGAGUUAAAUGCACUCUUGUUUCCUGGAAGGCAAGCCGAGAUUCUUGGUACGUUUUGUCUUUCUGCUUCAAGGCAUAGAAAAACCACUGGCAUGACCCUAGAUGGCGUCUCUGUCAAAAACAGGGUGAAUUGUGGAAGUGGUGUCAACUGCUUCCUAAUGUGGAAACGAGUCCCAUGUGACCCCACCUUCAGAAGACAGAGGCAUCAUGGCAUUUCACCUUGUCUGAGUAAUUCUGUGCUUUUCCUGCCCUUGGAUACAGGCAUCUUCAAGAGGACCCUGUGAAAACGGCUCCCCAGUCAGACAUGUGAAGGGUGGAAGGGGCUUCUGCCCAAGACUGCAUUUCCUGAAUAUUAAGGAUUAGGAAUUUGAUGUUCUUCUCACAGUCCAUGGUGCUCAGCAGAUGGGUUGCAAGUGCUUCAGAAAUGGAUUCAGACUUUACGCUAAAAGCUUCUUUCAAAGAUGCCUGCAGCCAAGCUGGGAAAAUAGGAUGCCCCCAAGAGACCCUACUAGCGACUUAGGUUUCUUUGUCCAACAUAUGCUCACAAGGCUCGCAGACACAAGCUUUAUCCCAGUGAACACAGCACUCCGUUAUGGCUGCAGUUUCUGCAAGUGUGGGGAUUCUGCCUAAUUUUUAAUAAGCUGAACCUUGCAAUAAAAGGAGAUUUUUAUCUAGAGAACUGAUUUACUAGAUCCGGUUUGCUGGUUCACAUCUGAAAAUAGUUACGGUCCCAUGGAAAGCCUCAUCUGUCUGUCUGAACACAGAAUCACUGUAUUAAGACAAGGUGGUAAUUUGUUUAGCUAUGUACGAACAGUCCAAGGAGACGGAGGGUUGCAGGGCUUGGGCAGUAGCUGUCUGGUAGAAUGGCUCCCUUUCUUGCUCUAAACAAGGGGCCGAUGCCCUCUGUCAAGGGCAGCUGGGAAAAGAAGUUUUUGGGGUUUCUAUAAAGCAACCUUCUCUGCCUGCUCUCCAAAUGUGUGCUCAUGGCUGCUGAGCUCCAGGUCAAGUUUCUUUCUGGCCUCCCUUCCAGUCUCCAUCCUGGAGUGGCCACACCUUGGAAUUCCUUUCUGCGAACCCAGAUCCUCGCCAAAGCUUCCCGGCCAGAAGCCAGGUCCUUUCCUGCUGCCCUGGAGUGCUGAAGGGGCAGUCCUGGUGGGCCAGCCUCUCAGCUGUGAUGGGGCCCUGGCUCUUCCUGAAAGCCAGGCACAGCCUGCACUGGAAGCCAGGCUCUGGCCUGAGAUCAGGGGUUCCAGAGGGAAAAAAAAAAAUCACGCAGGGUUCUACCUGGGGUCUCUUGAGCUGUGUCUGGUACCAUAGCCACACCCAUGGGUAGCUGGGGAACCAUUCUCACAUAAAGCCUCCAUCCAAAAGUAAACAUCCUGUCCAGAAUCCCAUCAAAGCAUGGUUUUUCAAGUUCACUCAACUAUUAAAAGCACAACAAGCCUUCCUUCCAUGGAAAACUCAAGUGAUGGUUAAAAAACAAAACAAAAAACCCCCACGCCCAUUACAGUGCACUGCGCUGUAAUGAGCAUUCUGCAUAAAUUAAUAAUUUACAAGUACCUGAGCAAGUAUACAGAGCACCAUAGCACAGCACAGCACCGACGGCAGUAGCUCAAAGUUCUUCAAAUCGUGGUGUUUUAAACAUUAAAAAAAAAAAAAAUCCUAAAAGUUGGUACUAAAAAUAACUCCAACUGGAGUUGAGAGAUAGUGCAAACUUCUGUCUUCACUGUUGAAAAAAGGUGUGGGCUUGCUUCUCACUUGGCAGAGGCGAGGUGGGUAGAUCUGGGCACUUGAUGGGGCUGUUUCGGAGCAGGUCUUCAGGAAGAGCAACCGAGAGAGAAGAAAACAGAACUGUUGUGAGAGGCCCUGCUGGCGGUUUCUGAUGGAGGCGCCCUGGCUUGCGCUUCCAGGAUCAGAAGCCACACCCCCCUCCCCCCGCCCCCGCUUGGGGGCUGGAGGCUGCUCUUGCCUUUGGCAGGGGUCGUGGAUCACAGAAGGGACCGUGCGGAGGGCUGCAGCAUCUUCAGCAGCUUAGGACCCUUUCCAAAGCUACCCCUUCCGUCCAGCCACUAGGUGACUCUGCAAGAGCGCCAUCCAGCAGAAAAAUGGCGCAAGCCCCAAAGGCGAGCCUCACGUGUAACACUGAAUUUUCUAGCAGCCUCAUAAAAAGGUAAAAAUUGAUAAAAUUUGACCCGCUAUGUCCAGAGUAGUAGUAUUUCAAUAUGUAAUCAACAUAGAAAAAUACUAACAAGACAGUUGAUAUGCUGGGGUACUGACUCUUCAAACAGAGUGUAUAUUUUCAUGGCUGGUCUAUCUUGUCUUUUCCCAGCCAUGAUGUGCCCAGCGGCUGCUGGGUUAGCUCAGUUCCAGAGAAUGAGGGCAAAGUUGGGCAUGUGGAAUCCCUCAGAAAUGAACGUGCAGAGGAUCCGCCUUCCGGGAGGACGCCCAAAGGAGCCUGUGCUGAUGUCAGCAACUGGCAGAGGCCAAACAUUUUUCCCAAGAGCUGUAAUGAAAUUGGGACUGUGUGCCUCCCCCACCAGCGAUGCUGAAUUACCGAACCUGGGGCCUGGCCCACACCCCUACCUCUGGUUCUUCUGAGCUCACCAAGCAAGCUGCCUGCCAGGGGGGCAUGUGUGUCGGGACCGUGGUUUGGCUGAGGGUUUAACCCAUCUGUGUGCUGGUAAAUAUUUAACUACCCACCGGAGGGGGAGGUUGGGAGGGGCUGAUCUGUCCUGUUUGCUGAUUUCCAUGUAUAAAUAUGCUGCCACCAUGACCUGUGUGUACACGGAAGAGGGGUCAGUGGCAUUUCCAUCAUGCAGAAAUGACAGAUGCAGGUAACCUCAGUGGAUUGUAGUAAAAUGUAUUAAAAAAAACAAAAGGA